AUGCCGCAAAGCAUCAGCGAGUCUUCCACGCGCGGCAAACGAACUGCCCAGGGUCCCGGACCGCGGCCAACCCGUAUUCGUACCGGCAGCAGGACGCAGGUCGCCUGCAUCAACUGCAAAGAGAGCAAGCUCAAGGUACAAACUAUAAAGAAAGCAAAGCUCGAGUGCGAUGGCCGAGUGCCAGCAUGCACCAACUGUGGCCGUUAUCAGCUAACCUGUCUCGUAGAAGACCCAGCAACCCGACGUCGCUUGCCUCGGAAUUACUUGGAGACUUUGGAAGGCCGAGUCGCAGCCCUCGAGAAUCUCCUCCAACAACUCCGUUAUCACGCAUCAGCAUCACCAACAGGCCCAACAGCAGAAACUCUUUUGCUUCAAAGUGAGCCUGGCCGUGACAGCGCCGGUCAGACGGCUUCAGACAAAGCCAAAGAGGAUGAUGACCAAAUCAGCGACCUGACUGCUAAGGUUGGCAUGUUGGAUCUCAAGUACUCCGCGGCCGCCGAGCCGCAUUACCUGGGUUCAUCUUCUACUUUUGCCUUUUCGCGCAUCAUAAAUUCGGCACUCCGUCAACCUGUUUCAAGAGGCCCUGCUUUCACUGCUGGAUCUUCACUUGUGGAUAAUCUAAUGCCCUUGACCUAUCCAUGUUCCCUUCCAGAUUAUGAUACUGGUAUCAUGCUUAGCAAUGCAUACUUUGAGAAUAUUCACCCUCAAUACCCCUUCUUACAUGAGCCCACAUUCAGACUCUGGGAGAUGGAAGUGAGAGAACCACCUCAAGACUUAGAGUACUUUGAUCCAGUUCCCACAUUCUUUGUCAAUAUGGUCUAUGCAGUGGGCAGUUUACUUCUGCCCAACUUAGGAUCUUUAUCACAGCAACUGUACAUGGCUGCACAGCUAGUUUCUGAACAGAUUCUUAUGGUUGAUAAUCUAAUAUCAAUACAAGCUAUCUUAUGCUACACUAUGUUUUCCCUCCGGUCUCCCAUGGGUCCAUCUCUUUGGAAACUCUCAGGACUAGCGUUGCGCCAAUGCAUAGAGCUUGGCUACCACCGCAGUGUCAAACGUUCCAAAGAACCAACCCCAGACCAUCUGCAACUCGAGCUUCGGAAAAGAGCAUUUUGGUGCGCGUGGGGCAUUGACUGUAGCGUUGCUACCAUGCUCGGACGACCACUGGGACUCUCUCUUCAAGAAAUUGACGUCGAGUUUCCGUUAGACCUUGACGAUGUAUACGUCACAAGCGCCGGAAUAGGCAGAUCUCCUAGAACCUCCGCCAUUGAACCUGCCACAGGAAUGUCCAUCGCAAUACAAGUCUUUCGCCUCAGGUGUCUCUCAGCUCGAAUUCAUACCUCACUUUACUCCGAUACUACAUCAACCACCGCAAACCUUGGUCCGUCGCUUCAAAAUCGUGUAGCUGAACUACGUCAAGAAUUGGACGACUGGAUGGCUGCAGCGCCGCCCAUCAAGCCUCGAGCCGGAAAUGCCCUUUCUAUCUUUGCAAGCAAAGACUGGUUUGAAGUGAACUACAAUCACAGUAUCAUCCUGCUCUAUCGUAGCCAAUUGGCGGAGCGCAAGGACGGCGACUUCUCAGUUGCUGAUGAGGUCUUCCUCGAAUGCAUGAAAGCCGCUCAAAAUAUCUGCCAUGGCUACCGUCGGCAAUAUGUUGGCCGGCCAAUAAAUUACACUUGGGGUGCUUUACACCUUCUGGUGACUGCAGGAUUGACAUACUUACAUUGUCUUUGGUCGCGGUCUUGCCGCGAGGUCUCGCGCCAAGACGAGAUUAGUAGCACCUGUACAGAUUGCACAAUAGUGCUUACUGUGAUGGCGGAACGCUGGGAGGACGCCGCGGUGUAUAGGGACAUUUUUGAGGCGCUGGCGGCGCGGACCAUGACUAUGUUGGUCCGUUGGAGAAGUGAGCAAUGGUCGGUGGUGACACCAACGGAGGCUAUGCCAGCGAAUAACUCGAAUCUAGGUGAGUGCCUAAGCCAGGAGCAGGUUAAUCAGUGGAUGGCAUAUAUCAAUGCAGUGGGAAUGAUGGAUAGCAUUGGGGGUCUGUUAUCUGGCUUUGUUGAUGACCCUAUAGAUCACGAGCAAGGUCAAGAUGUGAGUGCGGGUCAUGUGGCUACGGAAUGGGGGAGUUGCGACAGCAAUGAAGAUGAAAUGUUAUCAUUCUUUCCCAUAGUGCAAUAA